GGGGGUGUGGGCGCGCAUCUCCGGGGGACUGGGAUGAAGCUCAGUCGUGAAGCCCAGUGAUGCUCCUGUCUGCCCAAGAGAACUGCCUGAUGGGCACAGGGAGGAUUCCUGGGCUCCUGACAGCCCAGCUUCAGGCACACAUGGCAUUCAGAGAUGUGGCGGUGGAUUUCACCCAGGAGGAAUGGAUGCUACUGAGCCCUGCACAGAGGUCCCUAUAUAGGGAGGUGAUGCUGGAAAACUACAGCAACCUGGUUUCAUUGGGAAUUCUAUUUUCUAAGCCAAAGCUCAUCACCCAGCUGGAGCAAGGGAAGGAAACCUGGAGAGAAGAGAGAAAAUGCCCCAUGGCCACCUGCCCAGCAGAACCAAAGCCAGAACUCCGCCUCUGUCCCUUCUGCCCUCCAGAUUUUUCCAGUCAGAAACUCCACAUGCAACACAUGCUGUGUAAUCAUCCCCCCUGGAUCUUCACAUGCUUAUGUGCAGAGAGUCAUGGCCAGCCAGGGGAUCCAUGCCCAGGGAGCCAGGAGAAGCAGCAGCAAGCCUCAGAUCAGAGUUCCUGGAGGGAUAAAACAGAAGAUCAAGAGAGAGAAGGCAUAGCGCCCCUGUUUGGAAAGACAAAGAAAAGAACUUUGGAAACAUUCUCCAAGCCACCCCAAAGAGAGCCAGUCAGCUCUAGGAAUGGCAUCAGAGGGGUGGAAGUAGAGGCCAGCCCCGCUCAGACAGGAAACCCCGAGGAAACAGACAAAUUGCUGAAGAACAUAGAAGUCUUAGGAUUUGGAACGGUCAAUUGUGGAGAGUGUGGACUGGGCUUCAGCAAGAUGACAAACCUGCUUAGUCACCAGAGGAUACACUCAGGGGAGAAGCCUUACAUGUGCAGGGUGUGUGAGAAGGGCUUUAGUCUAAAGAAAAGCCUUGCCAGGCACCAGAAGGCCCAUUCUGAGGAGAAACCUGUUGUGUGCAGGGAGUGUGGACGAGGAUUUAAUCGGAAGUCUACACUCAUCAUACACGAGAGGACACACUCAGGUGAAAAGCCUUAUAUGUGCAGUGAGUGUGGGCGAAGCUUUAGUCAGAAGUCAAACCUCAUCAUACACCAGAGGACACAUUCGGGGGAGAAGCCCUAUGUGUGCCGGGAGUGUGGAAAAGGCUUUAGCCAGAAGUCAGCUGUUGUUAGACACCAGAGGACACACUUAGAGGAGAAGACCAUCGUGUGCAGUGACUGCGGACUAGGCUUCAGUGAUAGGUCAAACCUCAUCUCACACCAGAGAACACACUCAGGGGAGAAGCCUUAUGCCUGCAAGGAGUGUGGGCGUUGCUUUAGGCAGAGAACAACCCUUGUCAACCACCAGAGGACACACUCAAAGGAGAAGCCUUAUGUGUGUGGAGUGUGUGGGCACAGCUUUAGCCAGAAUUCAACCCUCAUCUCACACAAGCGGACACACACCGGGGAAAAACCUUAUGUUUGUGGGGUGUGUGGGCGAGGCUUUAGUCUGAAGUCACACCUCAACAGACACCAGAAUAUACACUCAAGGGAUAAGCCCAUUGUGUGCAAGGAUUGUGGGAGAGGCUUCAGCCAGCAAUCAAAUCUCAUUAGACACCAGAGAACACACUCAGGAGAAAAGCCCAUGGUUUGUGAGGAGUGCGGGCGAGGUUUCAGCCAGAAGUCAAACCUCAUUGCACACCAGAGGACACACUCAGGGGAAAAGCCAUAUGUGUGCAGGGAGUGUGGGCGAGGCUUCAGUCACCAGGCAGGUCUAAUCAGGCACAAGAGGAAACACUCACGGGAGAAGCCUUACAUGUGCAGGCAGUGUGGAGUAGGCUUUAUCAAUAAGUCAGCUCUAAUCACACAUAAGCGGGUGCAUUCAGAAGAGAAACCUUGUAUAUGCAGAGAGUGUGGCCAAGGUUUUAUCCAAAAGUCCCACCUCAUCUUACAUCAAAUGACACACCAGGGGGAGAAGCCUUACGUGUGCAAGAUGUGUGGGCAAGGCUUUAGCCAGAAGUUUCACCUCAGCAGACACGAGAGAAUGAAAUCAGUCCACCACAAACUGCCACUCCACCCCAACUCGGAGGUGUUGUUUGGGACAAUUAUCUGACCCCUUACACUCCCUUUGAAAAUGAAAAUGUUUGGUGAGGACUAAGUCAAAAUUUUACACUUUGAUGAAAUGGAGUAGAAAAAUGCAUUCCGUAAGUGGUCAAAGGACAUUUGACUUAGUUUACUUUCUCCAAUGCUAAGUCUUCAUAUUUUGUGGCCUUUUAUUCUAAUAAAAUUUGCUUCUUUACAA